ACAAGAAUGAGGGCACUUUGACGCUGCUAAGUCUUACUCUAGAAAGUAAGAAGGAUUCUUUGUUCAUUUUUUAAUGUGUCCCCACAACCACAAUGAGCAGUUCAGAUAACGUUACAUAUCCAAAUACCUCCAGUGGAUACUUGUGUGAAUUCCAAGAGGAUUUCAAGUACAUCCUCCUACCUGUCAGCUACGCUUUGGUGUUUGUGAUUGGACUUGCCCUAAAUGCCACUGCUCUGUAUGUGAUCAUUUUUCGCACCAAACACUGGAAGCCCUCUACUAUCUACAUGCUGAACCUAACAGUAUGUGACACUCUCUACAUCCUCACUCUGCCAUUCCUUGUCUACUACUAUGCGGAUGAGAAUGACUGGCCCUUCAGCGAACCCUUCUGCAAGAUCAUACGCUUCUUGUUCUAUGCCAACUUAUAUGGUUCCAUAUUGUUCCUGUGCUGUAUAAGCCUGCAUCGAUUCCUUGGCAUCUGCUAUCCUGUGCGCUCUCUGAACUGGGUCAGUCCACGUCGGGCUAAGCUGGUAUCUGUGGCAGUUUGGGCUUGUGUGUUACUCUGUCAAGCCCCUAUUCUCUACUUCUCCAGAACUAGGGAUGUAGACAAGGAGAGAGUGUGCUAUGACACCACCAGUCCAGAGCUCUUUGAUGACUUCUUGGUGUACAGCUCUGUGGUGUCUGUCUUCAUGUUUGCCCUGCCCUUCAUGGUGGUUAUGGUGUGCUAUGGGCUCAUGGUCAGGAAGCUGCUGGAGCCAGGAUGGGCAGCUGAGGUUAGACCAGGCUUAAGAGGAGGUCUGGGGACCCAGCACUACAAGCAGAAAUCAGUCAAGAUGAUCAUCAUUGUCCUGGCAACAUUUAUGCUCUGCUUUCUGCCCUUUCAUCUGACCAGAAGUCUGUACUACUCAUUCAGAUAUCUGCAACAAAUCAACCCAGCACAGGUCAGCUGUAGUCUACUGGAAGCCUCCAGUGUGGCCUACAAAGUGACACGACCUUUUGCCAGUGCCAACAGCUGUAUUGACCCCAUCCUGUACUUUCUGGCGGGCCAGGGCAUCCGGGGUACCCUCACCAAGAAGAAAAGAAGUGUGUCAAAAUGUUUACCACAGUGUGACACUACUAAACUCUAAAUAAUUGUAUGAAUAAAUAUAUUAUGUUUUUAUAUUUAACAUCAGCCCCCAAAGCACUUUAUGGUGCCAAAGUAGGCAUAUUUGUAAUAUUUGUCAGAUUGAUUACAUCUAAAUUAGUGAGAUAUACUUGAAUUGUAUAGAGCAAUUUAAUUUCUCAACACGAAAUAGAUACUGUUUAUUCUGAUGUGAGAACAAAAUUACUGCAGGUUCAGUUAUGGCUGAGGUAAACAUUGUACAAUUUAUUUUGAAAUUUUAAAAUGUUCCAGU